AGAAGAAAAUAGUGACAAGCAAAUUGCCUAUAUCACAUUUGAACGAGAAACUGCUGUAAGAACUGCCCUAAUGUUGACAAAAGCUGUAAUUGGAAAUUGUCAAAUCACUGUCAAACCUGCUGAUGAUGCAUCAAGCAGCGAUGAAUGUUUAGAUGGUGGUGAAGGAUAUGAUGGUCAAGAAGGAAAAUCAAAAGUAGCCAUACUCGCGGAAAUUAUAGCUACCGGUAUUCAAUUACAAGAAAGCAUACUCAAGAAAUUUUAUGAAUAUGAUGGUAUGUGA